AUGAAGUUUGAACUCGGCAUCUCAUUUCUUUUUGUUCCCUUAAUUCUGGCCGAGCCUAGCCCAGACCAUAGCCGGCGAGCCUUCACGCUUGACACUUUGACUGGCCCCAAUGGACCGCAAAUCGCUAAGCAAGACUAUGCAACCUUCACGUUGAAGGGCGAUGAACUGUUCCUCUACUCCAAGGGUAGAAGGCGCCAGCAAGUCUACGGCACCAAUGGCGAGUUACUGGGUGCUUUGGGAUACAUAUCAGAGGGCGAGGAAGCCCCGGAGGGAAGCACGCUCAGCGGCUGGGCGAUUGACAGGACUACCAAUGAAGUGAGGCUGAAUGGGAAGCGUUUUAGACGAUGGGCGAAUGUCACAACGGGAACACCGGACGAUAUCUACCAGAUGUUUAUUAGCGAGAUCGACGAUUUGCCCGAGGGCUACACGGCUUGGGGCGGGAUUGUGUACAGCGAGGAGAACCCGGUCAGCUGCGUGUACUCGUGA